UUGUGGUUAUUCGAUUCGCGGUGCGGUGUAAUGCGGCACACCGCAUUUAUUUCUCAAUUGAUUAUAUUCUAAGGCACUGUUGAUAAGAUAAAAUAGUCCAAUAUAAUAAUUUUUCACAAUGGCUCAGGCGGGUAUUGAAAAGUUAUCCUUAAAGGAGAUUUUCACCUCGGAUAAGAAAGGUAAUGAUGAAUCUGGAAAUGGUACUGAAGAAAAGCCGUUUAAAACGAUCCUACAGGCUAUGCGUCAAGCGGGGAAGGAGCCUUUUCCAACGAUCUACGUUGACUCUAAAGAGGAAGGAAAAAUUUACGAUGUAGCUGCCAAGUCUCAACUUAAAAAAAUUCAGAAGAUCUGGGUAAGAGAAGCCCACAAGGCAGCGGAUAAGGCUAAGCUUGAAGAGGAAACUAAUGAGAAGAGACUGCAGAACUUGGAAGAAGCAAAGAAAAUUGUCAUUAAGAACGACCCGGAUUUGCCGAACGCAACAACUGUCAAGAUUUAUGAGACUCCCGAGCAUCGCGGGAAGCGUAUCUGUGUCCGUGGCUGGGUGCACCGGUUACGAAGACAAGGCAAAGCCCUGACGUUCCUCACGCUCCGUGACGGUACGGGCUACUUGCAGUGUGUGCUCCAUGGCCUCCUCUGCCAGACCUACAAUGCUUUGGUGUUGUCAACUGAGUCUUCAGUUAUUGUUUAUGGCACAUUGGAGGUGUUGCCUGAAGGAAAAACGGCUCCGGGCGGGCAUGAGUUGACAGCUGACUACUGGGAGUUGGUGGGCCUGGCACCUCCAGGUGGAGCUGAUGCCAUCCUCAAUGAAGAGGCUCUUGUCGAUGUCCAGCUUGAUAACAGGCAUAUAAUGAUUCGCGGUGAAAACACAUCGAAGAUCCUCCGUGCCCGCGCGGCUGUGACGCGCGCCUUCCGCGAUCAUUUCUACGCGCGCCACUACACGGAGGUCACGCCGCCGACGCUGGUGCAGACCCAGUGUGAGGGAGGCAGCACGCUGUUCAAGUUCAGCUAUUUCGGCGAGGAAGCAUACCUGACUCAGAGCUCGCAACUGUACCUGGAAACUUGCCUGCCGGCGUUAGGAGAUGUGUACUGCAUCGCGCAGUCUUACCGCGCGGAGCAGUCUCGCACUAGACGUCAUCUUGCUGAAUACAGCCACGUGGAAGCAGAAUGCCCGUUCAUCACAUUCGAAGACUUGUUGGACCGCCUGGAAGACUUGGUGGUCGAUGUAGUCGACCGCGUGCUUGCCUCGCCCGAUGCGCAUCUCGUCCACGAGCUCAACCCCAACUUCAAGAGGCCCCAAAGGCCGUUCAAGAGGAUGGCGUACACCGAGGCUCUGGAGUACCUCAAACAGCACAACAUCACCAAGGACGAUGGCUCCUUCUACGAGUUCGGAGAUGACAUCCCCGAGCAGCCCGAGCGCAAGAUGACCGACGCGAUAGGCGUCCCUAUACUACUGCACAGCUUCCCUGCCGAGAUCAAGUCGUUCUACAUGCAGCGCUGCGCGGACGACCCGCGCCUCACGGAGUCCGUGGACGUGCUCAUGCCGGGCGUGGGGGAGAUCGUCGGCGGCUCCAUGAGGUCCUGGGACUACGAUCAGCUCAUGGAAGGCUACAAGCGCGAGGGCAUCGACCCGUCCCCGUACUACUGGUACACGGACCAGCGCAAGUUCGGCUCCACCCCGCACGGGGGCUACGGGCUGGGGCUGGAGCGCUUCCUGUGCUGGCUGCUCGACCGCUACCACAUCCGCGAGGUCUGCCUCUACCCGCGCUUCCUCGAGCGCUGCACUCCCUAGAUACCACUAUAAAUGUCACUAAACUGAAAAUCGUACUUCGAGACCAAAAAAUGUAAGACAAUUUUUUUUUAUUUUAUUUAGAACACAAACGGUCACAUAAUACAAAUGAAUUUUUAGUACAAUGUAGUGUACUUAACAUACUUAAGAAACAGACCUGGAGGAAUUUUGCCACUGCAAUACAUUGUUUGUAAAACAAUAAUAUAAUUUUGUUUUUAAAUAAACACGCUAAGAUAAUUUAUUUAUUAGUAAUUUGACUCCUAUAAUUUAGAAAAAGUGCUUUUAUUUACUUAGUUAGACAUUACAAAGUGAAAGUAUAAAUACAAGACGCGCUAGUAAAAAAUGGCAACACUGUCUUACUUUUUUUGGUCUUGAAUCACGAUUUUCAGUUUAGUCUAAUGGCAUAUUCAUAAACGCGUUACUGGCCUGAAAUUAGCUAUGAAUCGUUCUAUCGAAUCUUUAUGAACGGUUACUUCAGUCUACCCGUGUAAUAGCCAGUGUUGUUUGUUUAAAAUUAAACUGUUCCAGUGUUUUUGCAUUUUAUCGUCUUAAAUAUUGUUUAUACAUAAAUGCUAUUUAUUUAUUUUGCACUUUUCUACUGUUGCUAGUUCUAGAGUCAGAAGGUAAAUCUAAUUAUAUGAUACAAAACAUUUUUUGGAAUAUGAACCCUAAUGUAAGUACUGUAGAGUUCUUAUUUCAAAGUCAAGCUUCAUUAAUGAAGUGGAACUGGUCAUGGCAUUUCUUGUGUUGAUUUAAGACUAGAUAUUGUUAGCAUUUUUGUGUUAUGAUUAAGAUAGGUAUUGGAAAUAAUAUCUGAAAGUGUUUUAUGAAGAGUUUGAUAAUAACAGAAUGUAUUAAAGGUAAAUACAGCUUGUUUUACUAAGUUACAAA